AGAAGUGUCAGUGAGGACGUGUACAACACUUUCCUGUUUUCGAUCGCUCGCCCUUGCCGCCUUGAAUAUUUAGUGUGACGAUCGCAUUUAUCCGCGAUCUUUCCUACCCAUUUCAAGAGUUUCGACCUUAACUUUGCGAUCCUCGCACUCGAUCGUCCUGUGCACUGUGUGUUAGCCGUACGUUCAUCAGGAUGGCUGCUACUUUAACGCCGGAGGAGAAGGAGCAUCUCAUCUCCCGCAACCUUCAGGAGGUGCUUGGGCAGGAUAAUCUCCGUGCGAUACUGAAGGAGCGUGAUCUUAAAAUAUACUGGGGUACGGCCACUACCGGCAAACCGCACAUUGCCUACUUCGUACCUAUGUCAAAGGUGGCCGAUUUUCUGAAAGCCGGUUGUGAGGUAACGAUCCUGUUCGCAGAUCUGCAUGCAUACUUGGACAACAUGAAGGCGCCCUGGUCGCUGCUCAAGGAGCGUACCAAGUACUACGAAGCGGUUAUCAAGGCGAUGCUUUCGUCGCUGGGAGUACCGCUGGAGAAGUUGCGGUUCGUGUGCGGAACCGACUAUCAGCUGUCGAAGGAGUACACGCUGGAUGUGUACCGAUUGUCUUCGGUAGUGACGCAGCACGAUGCCAAAAAGGCGGGUGCGGAGGUGGUCAAGCAGGUGGAACAUCCGCUGAUGUCUGGCAUCCUGUACCCUGGGCUGCAGGCGCUGGACGAGGAGUAUCUGAAGGUGGACGCCCAGUUUGGAGGUGUUGAUCAGCGAAAAAUUUUCACCUUCGCUGAGAAGUACCUUCCGCAGCUGGGAUACGCCAAGCGCAUUCAUCUAAUGAAUCCAAUGAUUCCCGGCCUGGCCGGUGGAAAGAUGUCGUCCAGUGAGGAGGACUCAAAAAUUGAUCUGCUUGAUAGUGCGGCGAAGGUGAAGAGCAAGAUCAAGAAGGCUUUUUGCGAGCCGGGCAAUAUCGAGGAUAAUGGGCUGCUGAAGUUUGUGAAGCACGUCAUCUACCCGAUGUUCAAGGAAGGUGAAGCAUUCACGGUCCAUCGUAAGCCGGACUUUGGUGGAGAUCUUGUGUUUGCCGAGUACGAACAGCUGGAAACAUGCUUCGCCUCGCAGGAACUGCAUCCGGGCGAUUUGAAGGCAGCUGUGGAAGUGUACAUAAACCGGUUGUUGGAUCCGAUCCGGAAGUCGUUUGAUACCGAUUUCUACCGGGAACUUACGGAACGUGCUUAUCCGGCCCCGGUGAAAGUUUCGGGAGGAAAACAAGCAGCUGCAGCAGGAAAGGGACAGCAGGGCGGUGCGGGUGUAAAUGCUGCUGCUGCUGCUGCCGGACCUGCGGGUGAAAAUACCCCCGACAAGCUGGAACUUAAGGUGGGCCAAAUCAAGGACGCUGUGAAGCAUCCGGACGCCGAUAGUCUCUGUGUGCUGACUGUGGACAUUGGAGGUGGGGAGCGUAAGGCGAUCGUGAGCAACCUGAUGGCUCACUACACAUUGGAACAACUUCGGGAACGGUUAGUUGUGGUGCUGACCAACAUGAAGGCAUCGAAAAUCCGUGGUGUAGAAAGCGAGGGAUUGGUACUCUACGCGGCUGGAGCGGAAAAGUGCGAAGCACUGAGCGUACCGGAAGGAUCCAAAGUAGGCGAACGAAUUAUUGUGGAAGGGUUCGACAACACGAGCAAUCCCGUGCCACCGUUGAACCCAAAGAAGAAAGUUUGGGACAAGAUUCAGGCGGAAUUGCACACCGGCACGGAUGGGCAGGCACUGUGGAAGGAAUUUUCGCUUAUGACGCUAAACGGCGAUCGGGUGACGAGCACACUUGCUGGAUGCAACAUCAAGUAGACUGUUUGGGGCAGCGUUUGGAGCGUCCCCGGGUACCAUGGCAUUUUGCAGCUGCUGUUGCGCUUUGAGAGUCUUAUUUUUGAUCAUUUUGUUGCCUCAUCAUCUUCGUUCGGAUGGUAAAUCGUGCACGAUUAUACUCGUUUCGUAUUUUGCAGAGUAAUUUAUUAAAUUCGGCAUCGCAUAAAACUGGAAA